GUUAGGAAUGCCUCACAAGGAUAUGGAAGAAUGAACUGUGGUUGGGAAGAUACUAAGGAUGUUUCAGAAGAAAAGUACUGCAUAAAUGCUCAGUGUUGGGAUGUCUCAUUACACUUUUUCCUCAGUUACAUUUUAGUUUAGUCCUGAGAAGAAAAACACCAUGUCUCUGAGUGGUGCCUUCAGGGCAGUGAGCAAUGACCCAGGAGUGAUCACUUGGAGAAUAGAGAAAAUGGAACUAGUGCUGGUGCCACUGAGCCUUCAUGGCAAUUUCUACGAGGGAGACUGUUAUGUGGUUCUCUCGACCCGGAAAUCUGGAAGUCUCUUGUGCCAGGAUAUCCACUACUGGAUUGGAAAGGACUCUACCCAGGACGAGCAGAGCUGUGCUGCCAUCUAUACGACUCAGUUAGACGACUAUCUGGGUGGUAGCCCAGUGCAACAUCGGGAGGUUCAAUAUCAUGAAUCAGAGACUUUCCGAGGCUACUUCAAACAGGGGAUCAUCUACAAGAAGGGAGGUGUGGCCUCUGGGAUGAAGCAUGUGGAGACCAACACCUAUGAUGUGAAGCGUCUACUGCAUGUGAAAGGGAAAAGGCAUAUAACUGCUACUGAAGUAGACCUGAGCUGGGACAAUUUUAACCUGGGUGAUGUCUUCCUGCUGGACCUUGGAAGAGUCAUCAUCCAGUGGAAUGGCCCAGAAAGCAACACUAGAGAACGGCUGAAGGCAAUGCUCCUAGCAAAGGAUAUUCGGGAUCGAGAGCGUGGGGGCCGUGCUGAAAUUGGUGUAAUUGAGGGAGACAAUGAGGCAGCCAGUUCAAACCUGAUGAAAGUCCUUCAGGACACACUAGGAGAACGCUCCAUGAUCAAGCCUGCAACCUCUGAUGAGCUCUUAGAUCAAGAGCAGAAAUCAAAUAUCACAUUGUAUCAUGUCUCUGAUUCAAGUGGGCAGCUGACAGUUACAGAAGUAUCUACAAGGCCCUUGGUCCAAGAUUUACUGAAUCAUGAUGAUUGCUACAUCUUGGACCAUGGCAGAAGCAAGAUUUAUGUCUGGAAAGGAAGGGGAGCCACCAAGAUUGAGAAGCAGACUGCUAUGUCCAAAGCUCUGGGCUUCAUUAAGAUGAAGGGUUAUCCAAGCAGCACCAACGUGGAGACCGUCAGUGAUGGAGCCGAGUCUGCCAUGUUCAAGCAGCUGUUCCAGAAGUGGACAGUAAAGGACCAGACCUUAGGCUUAGGAAAAACCUUCAGCAUGAGUAAAAUUGCCAAAGUCAUUCAGGAUAAGUUUGAUGUGACUCUGCUUCACACAAAGCCAGAUGUGGCAGCCCGAGAAAGAAUGGUUGAUGAUGGGAAUGGAAACGUUGAGGUCUGGAGAAUAGAAAAUCUGGAACUAGUCCCAGUUGAGCGUCAGUGGUAUGGCUUCUUCUAUGGGGGAGACUGCUACCUGGUUCUCUAUACAUAUCAAGUGAACAACAAGCCACGUUGCAUCCUGUACAUCUGGCAGGGUCGGCACGCUUCCAGGGAUGAGCUGGCAGCUUCAGCUUACCAAGCCGUGGAGCUAGACAGACAGUUUGGGGGCGCGCCGGUGCAGGUGUUGGUCAGCAUGGGGAAAGAACCACGCCACUUUAUGGCCAUCUUCAAAGGAAAGCUUGUCAUUUUUGAGGGUGGAACAUCCAGGAAGGCAAGUACUGAACCUGACCCUCCUGUGAGACUAUUCCAGAUCCAAGGGAAUGACAAAUCCAACACCAAAGCUGUGGAGGUACCAGCAUUUGCCUCUUCUCUGAAUUCCAAUGAUGUCUUUCUGCUGCAGACACAAAAUGAACACUACCUCUGGUAUGGAAAGGGUUCCAGUGGUGAUGAGCGAGCAAUGGCAAAAGAAUUAGCUGGAGUGCUCUGCAAUGGCACUGAGGACACCGUGGCUGAAGGACAGGAGCCAGCAGCAUUUUGGGACUCAUUAGGAGGGAAAGUACCUUAUGCCAAUGACAAAAGACUCCAACAGGAAAUCCUUGAUGUCCAACCCCGUCUCUUUGAGUGUUCCAAUAAGACUGGUCGUUUCAUUAUCACUGAGAUCACAGAUUUCAUACAGGAUGACCUAAACCCAAGUGAUGUGAUGCUCCUGGACACCUGGGACCAGGUAUUCUUAUGGAUUGGUGCUGAAGCUAAUGCCACAGAAAAAGAGGGAGCCUUCACUUCAGCCCAGGAGUACUUACACACUCACCCCAGUGGCCGAGAGACUGACACACCUAUCCUGAUCAUCAAACAGGGGUUUGAGCCACCCAUCUUUACAGGCUGGUUCUUGGCCUGGGACCCUCAUAUCUGGAGUGAAGGCAAAUCAUAUGAACAGUUAAAGGAAGAGCUGGGAGACACUGCUGCAAUUGUGAGAAUCACUGCUGACAUGAAUGGUGCUUCCCUCUCUCUGAAUGCUGGUGGCAGUGAACAAAAAUACUACCCUAUAGAAGUGCUGCUGAAAAAUCAGCAACAUGAGCUACCUAAGGAUGUAGACCCUGCCAAAAAGGAGAAUUACCUCUCUGAUGAAGACUUUGUUGCUGUAUUUGGCAUCCCGAGAGGAAAAUUUGCUGCUUUGCCUGGCUGGAAACAGCUCAACCUGAAGAAAGAAAAGGGGCUUUUUUAAAGAAUGAAAGCAAAUUUCUAUCUGUGGCAAUACUAGAGAAUAGAUAGUGCCAAUUACGAGGGAAGAAUUUAUCUGUCUAGCACAAUAUACUUAGCUACACAGAGAAGCAAGAGAGUUUUGCAAAGUGCAUGUUACCUAGAAUGAAUAUCUUUGCCAUUAUUUAGUUGUUUAAAUACAUAUAAUAAUUAUCUGUUCUGAUUUCCAUGAUCUGCAUGAAUUUAGAGAAACCAGAGCAGAAAAACAAAGACAGUAAGUCAGAUAGUUCACAUAUAACUUGCCAGUCCUAAAAAAUCAUCAUGAGGGCAAUGGUUUAAUGUUGGUGUUCAGACAUAAGGUUUAGAUAUCAAGAUGAUUAAUACCAAGCAAACAAACAAAAAAAACCAAUUCACAAGACACUGAAAUCUAUAGGCAGUUUUCAUACACCUCCUGGUAGGUCCCAGACAUCUUUUUAAAUCAAGGCCCCCCUGUAAAAGGGAAUGUUAGCAACAUCCUCAAUUGCUCAUACAACAAAUACAGCAUGAAUUUCACAUCUGUGGAAUGUUUUUGUACUGGGAGGUUUGGGAGAGUGGAAAUGAGAAUAGAGCAAUAUCUACAGUAAUAGAACAAAGUGUGUCUAAUAGCUGUCUAAGAAACAAAAACAUCUUGGUCAUGCCAAAAGAUUCAAGCAAGAAAGAAGCCAUUUGGUGUUCAUUUCAGUAACAAGUCCACUGCCACAUGGGCAUGUGGGCCACUAGGGACUUAUCUUCAAAGUAUGCCAUAAACAUCCAGAAAUGAGCCACAUUUUCCAGUGACCUCUGUAUUUUGAAUCAGUUUCAGAUGGAAAGGAGUCCUAAGUUUAACACAAAUUACAUUUUCAUUAGUUUCUGAUGACAUAACUUCUACAAACACCUAAAUCUGUAACCUUAGAGGCUGAUGCAAAUUAUAAACAAAGGUAGCAAAACUGUUCUCCCAUGUGUCCUUGACACAGUUGCCAAAUUGCUUUUCCCAAAACACAUAUCUAAUUACAUCACACCUCUACUCAAAUCUCUCUUCAUCUCUAGGAUAAAAUACAAAACAAUCAGCUGGCCAUUGAAGAUCCCAUCAGGCUCCCACCCACCUUUGCAAAUUUAUUUUAUAGUACUACUCCCAAAACACUUUAGUUUCAUUAAACUAAACUGGCCUACUAACUAUACUCCUAAUCUGACAUGCUGUCUGUCUUUUCCCAGAUAUUCAAAAUUGUUUUCCUUUACAAUCAUCAUUGUACAAACUGUCCUCUUGUUCUGCUUACUUCAUUCCACAGGUUCACACAAGUCUUUUCAGGAUUUUCUGAAUCUGACAAUCAGAGGAGAAAAGGUACUGGGAUGCACUCCAUCCCCACCUCUGCCACUUAGAAUCCCUAGAUUCCUUCAAGGUUUAACUCAGGGUACCACCUACUACAAGAAGACUUUCCUGAGUCCCUAUAGGUCCCUAGCUGUUGGUACAGUUGUGAUGCUACUUCAUGUGUAUUCACUAGAGCUCUGGUCACCUUGGUCCAAAGGAUACUCUACACAUCCCCCCCUCAAACCACCCUCCCCCAACAAAAGCUCUUUUAAUUCAGGGAUAGUUUCCUCUUUUUGUCUCUGUAUCCUUAGCACAUAAUAUAUUGCCACGCACAAGGGCAGUUAAUGUUAGUGGAGGUGAAUUAGGAUAAUUAUGAGUGGAAAUGGAGGACAGGGCUCUGGCAGCCCAAAACAAGACAAAGUUACCUGAGCUUAGGGGAACAGAUUUAAUGGGGUGAAGAAGAGAGAACACCUUAGUGUCCUUGGGAUAUUUCUGGUGAAGUUUCUCUAAGAUAUUUACUAUUUAAAUUUGCUUGGAGCCAUUUACUGGAGCUAAAAUGAAUGGGAAUGACCAGGGGGAAAAGCAGAAUUAAAACAUACACAGGCCAUGAUUUCAUUGAAUAUACAAGAUAAGCAACUCCAAGUCAAAAGGCCUCACACAUUCCCACAUUCCCAAUAAAGCUACUUGUUCUUUAA